GUAAACUCUUACGUUAGUGGGACACGGAGCCUAAAAUCCACAGCCACAACACAAGCCGAGGACACGCGAGAAUCUCAUUGCCUUCAAUCCUAUUUCAUACAAUGUGAGGAUCAUGUCCGAAAGAAGGUCUGACUGGGUGGAGAUCUUGGAGCCCCGCUCGAGGGAGCGCAUGUACGUCAACCUGCUGACUGGCGAGUGCGGGUGGGAACUGCCGCCCGGCGUCCCGGUUCGACAAUCAGACGGCAACCAAUGGUGGGAGCUUUUCGACAGCAAUAGCAAUCGCUUUUACUAUUACAACUGUACGAGUCAGCAGACCGUCUGGCACAAGCCUCAGGGCAGCGACGUGGUGCCACUCGCUCAACUCCAAGCCAUGAAGAGGAGCUCUGAGGCAGCGAUGAGGGGUCAAGGAAGAAUCCAGAGGGGUCCACAGACGGAUGGCAGGCAUACACCCCUGCUUGGAAUGUUCUUACCCACAAUCCCCUUAUCUCAGGGGGCGGAGAGCGGGAGGGAGACACCAUCGUCUAAAGGGGACAGCCUGGAGAGAAGCAACCUGGGAAAAGGGGACCCUGCUCAAAGAUGGCAGCCUGCUCCGGGAUCCAAGGCGGCCAUGUUGGUGAAAGUAAACAGCAUUGGUAGAAACCAGUCACUGGGUCCUGCUACUGCUCACCACCUCCUCCACUUCAGCCCUACUAGCACAAGUGCUGGCACCAUUUCCCCCAAACCAGGUUACACACCACAAACCAACAGAACCGGUUUGCUUAAGAUGGCUGUCCCCGGAGACUCAAGACAAGGUUUCCACAUUAAAAAAGCAGAAAAUGCAAACUUCUGUCUGGUUCUGCCCACUUCCAGCUCUUACACUGCCCAGCAACGUUCUGGAGCAGGUACACCUCGCCCUUCCACCCCUCAGUAUGGAGCCACACCCUCGGCACCCAUCUAUGAUGAACCCCCUCUCAUGGACCACCCAAUUUAUGAUGAACCCCCAUUGGAAAUGGAAGUUGAGGGGGCACACCAUUUAAACCGAGGUCCCUACUCAACCAGUCACGGCUCUCACCGAGUUGCCCAACCUCCGAAACUUCUCCAGUUCCCUCAAUCCAAACACUUAUCCAGCUCCUCAGCCAACGAGUAUAGUCCGGCGGGUCGAGAGUGCAUUAAACACAUGGUGAACGUCGAUCUGACAACGUCCACCUCCAAGCACCAGCCCUCUAAUGCCAGCGACAGCACUCCAAACCCAACCGGCCCUCAAAUUCAACCUUAUUCUCCUAUCCCUGUCCAGCUUAAAAAUGAAGUCUCUCUGGAAAAGAAACAGUCAUGGAAGCUUUUGGAGCCUCGCCAUAGCCGUCAAAGUAGCUUGGCCUCUCAGGAAUACCCCGGCCCUGCUGCUGUCACGUAUCAGGACUCCGGAUACUCUACCGGGCCGUCCCCAAGUUUGCGGAGGAAGAACAGGCGACGUGCAACUAUGGGCACAGGGUCGGGAAGACCGGGGUCCAUAGGCAGCAGUGGGGAGUUGAGUGCAUUGAAUGAGAAAUUAAUGGCAGAAAUGAGGGCCGUGGUGAACCGUUCCAAUACGCUUCAUGGAAGCAAGGCCAGUCUGGAAACUGAGAUGGGCUCGGAGGCUUCCGGGAGUACCGCACGCUCUCCUUUGACUUCAUUAAAGUUGGGUGCAAGGGGUGGUGGAGCUCUGGGAUCGAGGGAGGAUGUGACAUCAAGUAACAGAUCGCUAUAUAGGAGUGGGGGUAACAAUCAUUGUGACGUAAUGUUCUCGCCGUUGGUUACGGACAUGCAGGGGGGGCGACAGAAGAGGACAUUUGAGAAAGUGGAUUCUCUGGAGAAGAGUGCAACAUCACAGACCAGCUUAUCCUCUCCAGAGCCACCAAGAUCUCCAUCACAGACUGGAACACUGGAACCUCAGCAGAGCGGCUCGUCCCAGGACCGCAAGCAUGACAAAACAGGUCAUGAGACGCCCCGCGUCACACGUAAGAACAACAACAACGGGCCUGGCGUGGGUUCCGGUUACCAGUACCCGUACACCACCCUCUGCAAGCCUCAGCUUGAUGCCAACAUGGAGGACUGGGCCAGCAAGAACCUCAACCAGCACACGCAGGGUCUUUUUCGCCGGAGGGUCUCCAUUACUAACAUGCUAUCAUGGAACCGCGGUUCCAUCAAGAAACCCAUGCUGAUCACCAGCGACCGAGCGGUGAAGAAGGAGGCCUGCGAGAUGUUUAAACUGGUCCAGGCGUAUAUGGGAGACAGGCCGGCCAGGUUGGACAGAAGGCACGCUGCCCUCCAGGUGGUGACCAAGUGCUGGGGAAUGCAGGGCCUGAGGGACGAGCUGUACGUGCAGCUGGUGCGACAAACCACCGAUAACAUGAGUCUGAGGAGUCUGGAGGCCGGAUGGGAGCUGAUGGCCAUCAGCCUAGCGUUCUUCUCACCGUCGCCCAAAUUUAGACGCUACUUGGAAGGGUACAUCCAGAGACACCUCGAACCCAGUAAUGAUAAGAAAAUCCUUCAACAUAUCCUGGAACAUCAGGACAUUAAAAACCAUAGAAUUCAAAAGAAUUCGAGGUCCAGGAAGAAGAGGAAACAGAACAAUGAGGAAGAGGAAGAGCAGGGUCUUCCCAUCAGCACUUAUGCUAAGUACUGCUACCGUAAGCUGCAGAAAGUGGCCAUCACUGGAGGCAAAAAGGGUUUGAGAAAGCCAACUUUGGAAGAGAUUGAUCACGGACGGAACGCCAUCGUGACGCCUUCUCUGUUCGGCAGCGCUCUGGAGGAGAUCAUGGAGAGGCAGAGCGGGCUCUUUCCAGACCGAAAACUGCCCUGGGUGCAGGUGCAGCUCUCUCAGUACGUACUGGGCCUGGGUGGAGCUCAAACCGAGGGCAUCUUCAGGGUACCAGGGGACAUUGAUGAGGUAAACGCUCUCAAGCUACAGGUGGACCAGUGGAAAAUUCCAGAAAAUCUUUCGGAUCCCAACGUCCCAGCAUCUCUCUUGAAGUUGUGGUACAGAGAGCUGGAGGAGCCUUUGAUUCCUCAGAGCUUCUAUAAACAGUGUAUCAGUCAUUAUGAAGAUCCUGACGCAGCCAUCAGUGUGGUUCAGUCUCUUCCUGAGCUCAACAGACUGGUGCUCUGCUACUUCAUCAACUUCUUACAGGUCUUCACCCAGCCAGUGAAUGUUAGUAGGACUAAGAUGGAUGUGAAUAAUUUGGCAAUGGUGAUGGCACCCAACUGCUUGCGCUGUCAGUCUGAUGAUCCUCGAAUCAUCUUUGAGAACACGAGGAAAGAGAUGUCCUUUCUUCGCUUGCUCAUCGUCCACCUGGACACAAGCUUCAUCAAGGGUUUAAUCUGACCUCUCAGCUUCCACAGUCAUAUAUUAUCGGGAUGAUGGGAAUCAAGAUCUACUCAGAGAAUCAUUGUCUUGUGGAAUAUCAGCACCUCCAGACUUGUCUAAAUGUGAAUCAUCCUUUGUUAAGAAAAUGACUCUUUCUGAACUGUAUGAACAAUAUCAAAUCAAUGAAUUGGUGCCAUUUGCUGGGAUUAAAGACAGGGUUGUGAUGCGAGACAAAAUGCAUGACCUAUCAGUCUUUUAUGUCAAUACGACCUUUUCACAAUGAUGUCACUUAACUUCCGCCUUUUCGCAAAGCAAUUUAUCAUAACAUCCGUCUUGCAACAAACAAGGAGAAGAAGAACUUCUGUAUUCCCGUCGCACUGGAAUUUAACAACAAUGAAAAAAAAUGACAUUGACAAGUAAUUAUCCUAACACCUUCGCUAACACAAAAAGAAAACACAUACCUUCAUAAUCAAACAUGUACUGUUCAACGAAGAUUGUGUAUCCUUUAUCUAGCUGUGAUGUUGUCGUAAGCGAAAAUUUGUCUGCAAGAUGUUGUAAAUCAUCUAGCUGUAUUUGUGGGAGCUGUGCAAGGGACUUGGUAAAGUCCCUUCUGAGGCGCUAGCGGAAGUAACGAUACACUGCUUCGCGGCAGAACAGAAGAUGCGGGACAUCAUGUGAAAAGGUCCUCUUAGUGUGGAAAUGCAUCAUUAUAAUCUUUCUCUCUCUGUCCCAAUACCCCACAUGCAGAUCUUCAGAGUAUUUCAUUAAUUUAAUAUGGUUUGAUUGUUCUGAUGAUUUAAUAUCAGUUGUUUGUAAGGUCUUAUAUGAGUGGAGAGAAUUUGAAGCUUCAGUUUCGUCUGUAAAUCUACAAUGAAGCUCAAAGGGGUGAAUUGCAUAAAGGUCAAUGUUUGGGGUCUGGCACCCUACUUGAGAGUGGUUCGUUGAUGUAUGACAAUGUGUGCGAUGUGCCCGUGUAAACACAUUACCAUUCAUGCUUCCACAAUGUCACAGACCUCAAAUGAAAGGGUCGCAUGAGCCAAAGAAUGGUGUUUUUAAAUUAACUGCUUGCUGUAGUUUCUCAGUCAACUGACCUUUUCCAAUUUGAAAAUGCAGAAUUUCCAGAAGGGGACUGUCUGCAUCGAUGAGGUCUAAGAGAACUCCUUGUUUCAAAAGCGUCAACAUCUGACCAAGAUAAUAAUCAGAUUUGCUUACAUUGAGUAUAAGACAGAGUUUAGUCAAAAACAUUGUGUACACAAACAAAAGCAUUUGGCUAACACAUUGCAAGCACAUACGCAACCAGUUCUCGGACAUAACUGUAACAAACUUCAGUACUCAAGAGGCCGCUAGAGUUACCAUCAAAUGUCUGCACCACACUGUGAAAAAGAGGCUGCCUUACAUUUUUGAGUACAGUAUAAUCUAACUGACUGUAUUGGUCAUUUCUACUACUUACAAUUUCCCUAGUGAUGAGUUGCUAUAACUUAUUUAAAAGAAGUUCAAAUUGCUUAACCUAAUGUGAGGAAUUAAAGUAGCACAAAAAAGAUGUGUGAUAUAAAUAUCAGUGGUUAAACUAAGUCAAGUUCAAGUUUCUAAAUGUAAAUGACAAAGCUUACUAUAGCUCACAUUAAAGCGCUGAUUCUCAAACUGGGGGCCCAUAAACUUUAUGCAAUUAAACAUCAGAAAAAUAUAAAUAUUCAGGUAUAUAUGAAUGAAAACUGCAGCAUUGAUUGUUCACUUAAAACUACCACAUCACAUUUGCUAUUGAUACAAUGGGGAAACUGCCACAUGUGCUUUUGUAUAUAGAUAUUUAAUCUGACUGAUGUUGUUUAUAGUGAAAAUAAACAAUCUGUUUAAAUUGGGUUGCAUACAGUUGUCAAUUGGAGUGUUAAACCCCUUCUUUGUUGCACUUGCCCUUCAGUCUCUUUCUUCGUGUUCUUCUUUGCCGUGUCUGAUACUCAUUCUGCACUCUUACUGUAAAUGCUCCUGAAGUCUGUAUGUGUGGGAGACAAUAGUGAAUUGAUGACAUAGAAUAUGUGUGUUGAGAUGUUACAUGAUGAACGUUGAAAUAAUAAAAUUUGUAAAUUUGUAUACUUA